AUGAUUUUUAGCUUGAACCAGUCUACUGUUACGGAGUUCAUUUUGGUCGGCUUAACCAGUGUCCCUGAGCUACAAGUUCUUCUCUUUGGGAUAUUUAUCUUCAUAUAUGCUUCAGCCGUAGUUGGUAAUCUCCUCCUCAUUUGGAUCAUAUGCACUUGCAGAAAACUUCACACUCCCAUGUACUUCUUACUCAUCAACUUGUCCAUAGUGAAUGUGUUUUCUAUCUCUAUUAUAACUCCCAAACUACUCCAAACUCUUUUGACCCAUGAAACAGCUAUCUCUUUUUAUGGCUGCAUUGCACAAGUGUUUCUCUUUGUAUGGACUUUAGUAACAGAACUUCUGCUUCUCACAUUUAUGGCCUUUGAUCGCUAUGUUGCUAUUUGCCACCCCUUGCAAUAUGCAGUCAUCAUGAGGAAAGAAGUGUGCAUCAUGGUAGCAACAGGAGUGUGGGUUACCGCAACGGUCAAUUCUGCAGUUCAGGCUGGACUUUUAUUGCAGUUGUCUUUUUGCAAUUCCAAUGUCAUCAACCAUUUCUUCUGUGACCUGCCCCCACUUUUACAUCUCUCCUGUUCUGACACCAGUCUUAAUGAGACAAUGAUAUUUGUGGGAGAUCUGUUGUUUGGGAUUGGUAGCUGUGGAUUGACGCUGACAUCAUAUUUUUUUAUCCUGAAAGCUAUCUUCCAAAUCCGCUCCACAGAAGGGAAGAAGAAAGCCUUCUCUACAUGCUCUUCUCAUCUCUUUGUUGUCAGUUUUUAUUUUUCUGCUGUCAUUUACACUUAUAUCAGGCCCUCUUCAGUCUACUCUCUAGACAAAGACAAGGUUGUUGCUCUUCUUUAUUCGGUUGUGACCCCAGUUGUCAAUCCAAUCAUAUAUUCCUUGAGAAAUAAAGAUGUUAAAGAGGCACUUAGAACACUUACUGGAAGAGAUAGGCUGCUUCCACAUUGA